AAAAGACCAGAGAGAAAUUACUGAAGCAUGAGCGCGGAGCUGAAGAGGGACUACGAGAUCGGCGAGGAGAUCGGGCGCGGCCGCUUCGGGGUGGUCCACCGCUGCACGUCCCGCGCCACCGGGGAGGCCUACGCCGUCAAGUCCGUGGACCGGUCGCGGCUGGGCGACGACCUGGACCGCGAGCUCGCGCAGCUGGAGCCGAAGCUGGCACAGCUCGCCGGCGCGGGCAACCCGGGCGUGGUGCAGGUGCACGCGGCGUACGAGGACGAGGCGUGGACGCACGUGGUCAUGGACCUGUGCCCGGGCCCGGACCUGCUGGAGUGGGUGGGCCGCCGCCGCGGCGCGCCCGUGCCGGAGCCCGUGGCCGCCGCCAUCGUCGCGCAGGUCGCGCAGGCGCUCGCGCUCUGCCACCGCCGCGGCGUCGCCCACCGCGACGUGAAGCCCGAGAACAUCCUCAUCGACGCCGCCGCCGGGAGCGACGACGACGAGGAGGACGAGGCCGAGGCGGCGCCGCGCGCGCGCCUGGCGGACUUCGGGUCGGCGGCGUGGGUGGGCGCCGGUGGGCUCGGGCGCGCCGAGGGCCUUGUGGGGACGCCCCACUACGUGGCGCCCGAGGUGGUGGCCGGCGGCGAGUACGGCGCCAAGGCGGACGUGUGGAGCGCCGGCGUGGUGAUGUACGCGCUGCUCUCCGGCGGCGCGCUCCCCUUCGGCGGCGACAGCGCCGCGGAGGUGCUGGCGGCCGUGCUGCGCGGCAGCGCGCGCUUCCCGCCCAGGCUCUUCGGCGGGGUGUCGCCCGCCGCCAAGGACCUGAUGCGGCGCAUGAUCUGCCGCGACGAGUGGAGGAGGUUCACCGCCGAGCAAGUCCUCGCUCACCCGUGGAUCGUGAGUGGCGGAGGAGCCCGGGCAAUGGAGCGGCCAACCUGAGGAGGAAUCCAGACGGACGUGUAUUGCCGUAGAGCACUCAGGCACGGCAAGGAAUCCCGGACGUUAUGUAUGAGGUUUUUGUACGUACGUACGUAGUAGUGUACGGUAGCUGCUGCCAGCUGCAGAGCAGAUCGAUCGGCAAAAGAAGCUUUAUAGGCUUGUGGUUUUCCUUUGCCCCCGGGUUUUUGGGGACGCUCUUUACCUAGCGGAGCAGAGAGCACCCGUUUUCCGAUGUGCUGGUUUUCCUAGCUGGAUGUACAUACACUGACCGUCUUUUGUACAGAUGGAGUGUGGUGUUGGAUACAUAAAUAAAAAAAAACCAAGCCUUUGUACU